GCGUCUCGUUGUGAUAUCAUAGGCAAAGCCUUGAAGUUGUGCCUCGUGUGGACUGUGGAUAACGGGGCAACGGUCAUCCAAGAAAUCCAAUCUUAACAACGACAACAACAUCUUCUUCUUCUUUUUCUGAAGUUGAGUUCCUUAAUUUUUAGCCUCACAGCUUCGCAGAUUCUGUUUCGACUAAAGCAGUAUUCGACUUGUCGCUUUCUUCUCGUCCUUUGUGUUUGGUUUCGGUGAGGUCUUUUUGUAGCUUUAAUGGGUCAUGUACAUUGAUGGGUUUUGCAUUAUGAAGGCUGCUUUGAAAGCUUUUGCUCAGAGUGGUUAAUUGGGGUUGUUGCUGAAGGCUUUUGCAGAAAGGGUUUUGUUAUUUUGGUGGGUUUUGAGGUGGGCUAAUUUUUAGAAUUGGGUGGCCUUUUUGGGUUUAUGAUACAUUGAUACCUGUUUUUAUAGGAAGAAAGAGGUUUUUUCUUUGUAUUGCUGUUGUUGCGGCUGCUGGAAUUGGUGACUUGGGAUUAAUUUUCUCACGUUUAUAAGAGUAGUAUUGGUUCUCUCUCUGAAUUUUUUGCGUUCCUUUUUGUUUAGCCUCACUGAUCGUCUUUUUUAAAAAACGAAUUGAUCGAGGGUUUUUGUCUGUGCAAUAGAUUAUUACUGGAGAAGUCUUGAGGGGUUCCUGCAUUCAGUUUUGACAUUCUUACUUUGUUCAGAAAUGAGUGCUAGGAAUUUGUGCCAAUGACUAAAUUUGAUCUGUGUUAUCAGGAUGGGCUCUCAAUCCGUGGAAUCGAUCGUUUUCUAAAAUUGAUUCUUGUACUGAAAACUUUUAGGUUUAAAACUUUUUUGCUUUUGUGAUUUUGGAUUUAUGGAACUGGUUAGCCCUGCCCUUUUUGUCUUGAGAAUUGAGGUAGAUUGGAAAAUAAGCUCUGUUGAACUUUGAUAGUGUAGUAACUUUUCCCAAGGAAGUGAAGCCAUAAAUGGACUUAUGGUUUGUGGCAACAGCUGCAGCUACUGGAUAUCUAGCUAAGUAUUGGAAGAAUCUUUCAAGGGGUGAAAAUGGCUCACUAGAGUUUGCUUCUGACAUUCCCAACAUUGUGAAGCCUGAAUCUCCAAGCUGUCCCUUCUCGACGUUCAGACAGAGAAAGAGGCUAGAAAAAGAUGUGUCUAUUGAUAUGGGAAGUGGGUUGGAUCCAGGAUAUUCAGAUAAACAUCAACUAGAGUGUGCUUCGACAGCAGAAGUGGAUUCUACUGAUUGGGAUGUCCUUCCAACAUCUGUUUCAGUUCUCAUGGAAAAUGAUAAUCUAAUUGAAAAUUGGGAAGGAAGCAGGCCAAGUGGUGAUAUUGGUAGUAAUUAUGGUAACAUUUCUAUGGAAGAAUUGGAUUUCUUACAUGGUUCAUUGAGGAAAAGGGGCUAUCUCAGAGCUAAAUAUUUUCCUCGGCAUUUUGUAACUUUUGUUAAACCUUUAAAUUCCAUAGAAAGUUGUCAUCUGGCUCAGCUACAGGUGGAAGGUGCUAAUGUGGAAGAAUAUAUUCUUAGUGCUCCUCCAUCACCAUGCAGACCAACUAUGAGGCCUUUGCUUGUAACUAAUGGAAGCAAAAUUAUUAGCAGAGCACGUGGUGGUUUUUCUAGUGCUCAGAUCAGAAUUGAUGAUGAUAGACAGUGCAAGGAGGGAAGCAUUUCUGGUGUUCCUCAAUUACCCAGUGCGGGUUAUUCAGAUCACCCCAGGAAACUAAAGCUUAAGAGAGGACAAGGGCACAGUGGCAGAUUAAGCAGUUCCAGUGAGCUGCACAGUGGGGAGCACUUUCAGUCGCAAGACGGGCCAUGCAAUGGGACAUUUUUAUUCUAUCUAGGGAUCUCCAUUGGUAUAAUAUCUUCUUUCAUGAAAAAUACAAGAGAAGUGAACAAAUUGAAAGAAUUGUUGAUGCAGACAGAAAACUUGGUUCAAGAUCUACAGGACGAACUUGAUAUGAAAGAAUCAUUGACUGUGAGGGAGCUAGGUAAUGAGACAUCUGAAUCACAAGAUGCUGACCAUGCCUCUCACAACAUAGCGAAACCAUUUUUCUCCGAACACAGUAAGAAUAAUUUAACAAGUAAUGGUAGUAAUGAUUCUAACAAUGAGAAGGCUGUGGAGAGCUCAGAAUCUAUGAGUAAAAUUGAAGCCGAACUUGAAGCUGAACUGGAGAGGUUGGGUUUGAACAUAAAUACAUCUAUUUGCGAGGGAAGACUGCCUGAUCUUGAUGAGCUUGACCCAGAUUUUGCAGUCGACUUUGCCGAGGGCGAAUUGAAAGUUGAUAUGGUCAAUGUCCAAACCGUGGCCCAUCCCGAGUCAGAUCAAGAUACGAGUGGCAACUCCGUGCAUCAUUUUCAAAACUUUGUGGUCUCACCCCAAGAACUAAGCUUGCGGUUGCAUGAAGUUAUUCAAUCAAGACUAGAAGACCGCGUGAAAGAGCUUGAGACAGUCAUUCAGAACAGCCAGAGGAAGAUGCAGCACGUGGAAUCAGAAUACAAGAACUCUUGGAGAAAAUUAGCAUACGGUGAACUCAUGUAUUCCUCCGCGCCCGAAAGUCCAAUUGCUAAAGAAGAAAAUAGCUCCAUGCCCGAGCCUCUAGUUAUGAAUUUAUCGGGGGAAGCUCUAGAUGCAUACAAUGAGGCAUAUGAAGAGCUAACGAAGACAAACGACUCAGAAGAAGAGAACUCACCAUCUGGGGUUUACAGAAAUAGCCAUCAAAUGGACAUGCAGAUUAUUUCAUGGGGCAAAAACAGCAAGGUAAAUGGCUUGUGUCAUACCCCCCAAAGUACAGAAGAAACACCGAAGGAACUUUGCUUUAGCCAGAUAAAAACACCACCGGAGUACUACUCGAGGGUCCAGGAAUUACUGGAUGUUGGUAUAAGUGCGGAUGAGAAUACCGAUAGCGAUGAUGAGAUGGAUCAGAGGUUGAUAAAGCACAUUGUGGAGAAGACAAAGAGAGGUUCCCCUGUAGUGCUGAAUGCACAGAAAGCAUUGUUUUUGGUGAAUGAGAUAGAACAUUGAAAUGGAAAUUAGAGUUUCUGAGAUGUAUAGUUCUAUAAAGGAUUUGUAUUAACAAUGACAGCUGAUAUACUAUCUAUUUUUCUUCAUUCUAACCUAUUUCCUCACA